CUGCAAUUUGAUCCAAAAAAUGAAAACCCUAGCACAGGUAUCAUACAUAUAUAAGAUACAGAGCUUUCUUGUUUUGCCUCCUUCACAAGCGCAUUCUCGAUCUGCCUCUUCACUCUUCACACUUACUCAAGACCGCAGCCAUUCCUUUUCUUUAAGAUGGCAGUUACAUUGUAUGACCUUGGCUCUGUUUCUGGGUUGAAGAAGCUUGAUGAGUACCUUCUCACCCGCAGUUACAUCACUGGGUACCAAGCUUCAAAGGAUGACCUUACAGUGUAUGCAGCUUUAUCAAAAGUUCCAUCUGAUGAAUAUGUGAAUGUGUCCAGGUGGUACAAGCAUAUCGAUGCAUUGUUGAGAAUCUCGGGUGUUUCUGGUGAGGGAUCUGGUGUCACUGUGAAGUCUUCUCUCGUCGCGGAAGCUGUUGCCACUCCUCCACCAGCUGACUCUAAGGCUGCUGCGGCUGAUGAUGACGAUGAUGAUGAUGUGGAUCUCUUUGGUGAAGAGACUGAGGAGGAGAAGAAGGCUGCCGAGGAACGUGCUGCUGCGCUAAAGGCAUCUGGAAAGAAGAAAGAGUCUGGAAAAUCAUCUGUUUUGAUGGAUAUCAAGCCAUGGGAUGAUGAAACUGACAUGAAAAAGCUUGAAGAAGCAGUGAGAGGUGUUCAGAUGGAAGGAUUGCUUUGGGGAGCAUCCAAACUUGUUCCUGUUGGGUAUGGUAUCAAGAAACUGCAAAUUAUGCUUACUAUUGUGGAUGAUUUGGUCUCUGUCGAUUCGCUCAUUGAGGAGCAACUUACAGCCGAGCCAAUCAACGAAUAUGUCCAGAGUUGUGACAUUGUUGCUUUCAACAAAAUAUAAAUUGUGAUAAUCUACUAUUAAAGGGGGACUUGGAAAGGUUUCUAGAACUUCUAUGUUGGGAACUACUGGAAGUUGAGAAUGUUUUUUGUCUGUUCCAUACGCCAUUGUUAUUGUUCUAUGAUUAAUGAUGUCGACUGUCUUUUUGGAAAUGUGAUCAACUGAUAAUUAUGCUUUGGGUUGGAAUCUUUUUGGUAUUCUAUUUGCCAAUGAUAAUGCUUUUGUUAUUUUAGUUUAUGUUUAAGAUAUGGGUGAGAAGGUUAAAUAGUGGCUUAAAUUGAAUGUCUGAGUUUUCAAUGAUAAUGGCUUAAGAUAUUGGUAUUCUAUUUGCCAAUGAUAAUGCUUUUUGGUAUUCUAUUUGCC